AUGAGGCGCCCAGUUAGCAGUCUUGCUGCGGCCAGCCUGAUUCUGGUCGCACUGCUCUUUGUUUGGACCACGAUUCGUCAACACCAGUGGCGGCUCCAGCAACAACACAUCCAGGACAGCGUCAAAGCUCACCGUGCGUCACUGAAACAGCAGAGUGCUGCAGGACAGUCGGUCAGUGCAGAAUCGCAGGCUCAGGAAGCACAAUCUGGAGCUUCCGUCAACCCCGACGGCGGAUACGCGUAUAGCUUUUACGCCACAAACGAUCAAUAUGCCUGCUCGGUCUUGGUCAACGUGUACCGGCUGCAGCAGGAUCUACGAUGUCACAUUCCGAUUCAUGUUAUCGCUGCGUCGAAGGUCAGCCAGGCUUACAUUUCUGCCUUCGAGGAAAGAGGUGUCACGGUUCACAUCGAGCAGCCGCCUCCUUUGCCGUCGGGGGCCGACGGGUAUUACAUUGACUGCCUCCUGAAGCUGCUGGCCUUCAAAUUGCAUCGUCUCGCGCCCGGGCUGAGGCGCGUGCUGGCUUUCGAUUCCGACCAGCUCAUCAUGCAGAAUCUCGACCACCUUUUCUCUGGACUUCCCGUGGUUGAUCUUGCCGCGCCCCGAGCAUACUGGAUCGCAAAGGACUUCCUGGCGAGCACCUUCCUCAUGAUCAGCCUUUCGGAUCGGCUGUGGAAUGAUGUGAACCAGACACUGGGUCGCAUUGGGUAUGGCCAAUUCGACAUGGACCUGAUCAAUGACUUGCUGGGCGAGCACGUGAUGAUGCUGAGCGGCGAGUACGUCACUUUGAACAGUCACUGGGAGGACUGGAAUGUGCCGCGGUGGUACCAUGCCACACGGGAACUCAACAUGACGACGAUUGAGAAGGUGAACGCGAUGGCACGGCCCAAGAUGCCCACGUUUGUCGACAGUGAUAUCGCGGGCAGAAGCGUGACGAACUCAUCUUCGCACGUGAACUUCACGACUGCGACGGCGCCAGCAGCAGCACCGACGCCGGGACCAGGAGGGUCACCCCGCGCAAAGCCCCGCUUCCCCAGCGAGCAUCCUCUUUCCCAGGAGCUGUACUUGCUCCAGGAAAGUGCAGCGGUCGUGCAUUUCUCGGCCGUCGGCAAACCGUGGAUGGUCACCGAAGACACCAUCAGGCUGUCGAAGGCCGACGCUCAUCCGCUUCUGGGCGCGCAGUUUCACGUGUGGCGCGACAUCGCUGCGAAGGUGUGUCCGGAUUUCGCCCGUGGGCCGCUGGCGCUUCUCGUUCCGUCGACAAGAAGCCUAUCCGCUUCCGCUCUGCGGAAGAGUCUAGACAACGUAGAAGGCUCCGCUCGAAAGGCAUUAAAUUAA